UUCAACUUUGACCUCCUGCUCAUUCGAAGACAAAAUGGCGGCGUCCUUACAGAGCAUCGUGAGAGCGGCUUGUCGCGUUUCUCCUGUUGUUUUGCAAAGAACUCAUCGAGCUCAGGCAAUACAAAAUGGAGUUAGGGUCCUGUUUGUUGCUCCAGUUAUGCGACACUUUUUUAAUUCUGCUAAACUGGGAUGUGAUGGAGUCGGUACCCGGGCAGUCGAGGCUUUAGAGUCACAUUCUCGGUACAAGGACACACCAUGGGAAUACCUGGAAAGUGAAGAGUACAUUGAACGCUAUGGAGCCAGACCUGUUUGGGCUGACUACAGAAGAAACCAUAAAGGUGGUAUACCUCCCCAAAAGACCAGGAAGACCUGUAUACGAGGAGAGAAGAUAUGUGGGAACCCCUGUCCAAUCUGCCGUGAUCCAAAUAUAAUCAUCCACUACCAGAAUGUUAACCUGUUGCAGCAGUUCAUAAGCCCUCAAACAGGAAUGUUGUAUGAUCCUACCAGGACUGGUGUAUGCAUCAAGCAACAGAAACUACUUAACAAGGCAAUUGAAACUGCAAGAGGCCAUGGCUUGAUUCCCACCCAGUUACCUACUAUCAACUAUUCUGGAGAGGACUUCUCGAAUUCCCAUGGUGCAGUGGGGCGUACACCUGUGCCACCUGCUUACACCCAUGGCGAACCUUGGUACGCCUGGUACGGUGACAUACAGCCAGAUGAACGGGAGCUGGCACGAGUGAAGAAGAUCUACAAACCUUACCUAAAGUAGAGUAGUGGUGUUUUCUCAAUAUAAUACGCUGGGUAGGUUUAUGGGGCGCAGAUUUAGCCUAGUCAUGGACUGAGCAUGGUGAGUUAUAGAGCACUGAUAUUUCAUGUGUUGAGGAAACUGGCCCUAGCAGUAAUAUUAAAAUUUAAUUGAGAGAUAUGGAACACAUGUAUGCAUUCCUUUCCUUGUGAUACGCAAUACAUGAUGAAACAUUACACCUGUGCUACGCUCAGUAGUACUAAAAUUCUAAUAAUAUAUUUAAAAAGGACCAUGAUUAAGAAU